AAAUAUUAACUACGCGGCAGACUACAACGCCAAAAUUAUUCCGCUCUUACAUUGCUAUUUCACAAUUAAUGGAAUUAUUUUUUUAGAGUGCUAUGGGAAAACAGGCCAUGGGUGUAUAUAUUACAAAUUUCCACGUUCGUAUGGACACUCUCGCGCAUGUGUUAUAUUAUCCUCACAAACCACUUGUUACAACACGCUCUAUGGAGUAUCUACGGUUUCGAGAGUUACCUGCUGGAAUUAAUAGUAUUGUCGCGAUCGCAUGUUACACGGGCUACAAUCAAGAAGAUUCAGUUAUUUUGAACGCCUCCGCCGUAGAAAGAGGCUUUUUCAGAUCUGUCUUUUAUCGUUCGUACAAAGAUUCAGAAUGCAAAAGGAUCGGCGAUCAAGAGGAACAAUUUGAGAAACCUACAAGACAAACUUGCCAAGGCAUGAGGAACGCUCUCUAUGACAAGCUCGAUGACGAUGGCAUUAUUUCCCCUGGUAUUCGUGUGUCCGGAGAUGAUGUUGUAAUUGGUAAAACUAUGACUCUUCCUGAAAACGACGACGAGUUAGACGGAACUACGAAGAAAUUCUCUAAGCGGGACGCGUCAACUUUUCUACGUAACAGUGAAACUGGUGUUGUUGAUCAAGUAAUGUUAACACUGAAUUCUGAGGGAUAUAAAUUCUGUAAAAUUCGUGUGCGAUCAGUGCGCAUUCCACAAAUUGGAGAUAAAUUUGCGUCGAGACACGGUCAGAAAGGUACCUGCGGUAUUCAGUAUCGCCAAGAAGAUAUGCCGUUCACAUGUGAAGGUAUUACGCCUGACAUUAUCAUUAAUCCUCACGCUAUCCCGUCCCGUAUGACGAUUGGUCACUUGAUCGAGUGCAUUCAAGGAAAGGUAUCCGCAAAUAAAGGCGAAAUUGGUGACGCGACACCUUUCAAUGAUGCCGUAAAUGUACAGAAAAUUUCCACUUUGCUUCAAGAGUACGGGUAUCACUUGAGAGGAAACGAAGUUAUGUACAACGGCCACACAGGUCGCAAAAUAAACGCACAAAUUUUCUUGGGCCCCACUUACUAUCAACGUCUCAAGCACAUGGUCGACGACAAAAUUCACUCGCGUGCUAGGGGACCAGUACAGAUCCUUGUGCGUCAGCCUAUGGAAGGUCGUGCCCGUGAUGGUGGAUUACGUUUCGGAGAGAUGGAGCGGGAUUGCCAAAUUUCGCAUGGUGCUGCACAAUUUUUAAGGGAGAGACUUUUUGAAGUAUCAGACCCAUACCGCAUUCAUAUCUGUAACUUCUGUGGAUUGAUUGCCAUUGCGAAUUUGAGAAAUAACACAUUUGAGUGCAAGGGAUGUAAAAACAAAACUCAAAUAUCUCAAAUCCGUUUACCCUAUGCUGCUAAAUUAUUAUUCCAAGAACUGAUGAGCAUGAACAUUGCGCCCCGAUUGAUGGUUAUGUAAUAAGUGUAAUUAGUUAUUUCUGAAAUGUAAUGUAAGUACUAGUAUUAUUUGAAUAAAGGUUUUACACAAG